CCUAAACCGGUUGGCUCUAGGGCCCUCCUUCCUGAGCAAAGACAAAAAUGGCAUUGGUUUCUGUCAUCGAUCCAGCUCAAGGGCCUGAGGAAACUGAGGGGGCAGAUUAAGCCCUUUCCUGUUUAGGCACCAUGUCCACCUUCCGCCAGGAAAAUGUGGAAGACCAUUACGAGAUGGAGGAAGAGCUGGGAAGCGGCCAGUUUGCGAUUGUGCGGAAGUGCCGGGAGAAGAAGAGCGGGCUGGAAUACGCUGCCAAGUUCAUUAAGAAGCGCCGCCUGUCCUCCAGCCGCCGCGGGGUGAGCCGGGAAGAGAUCGAGCGAGAGGUGAACAUCCUGCGGGAGAUCCAGCACACCAAUAUCAUCACCCUCCACGACAUCUUUGAGAACAAGACCGACGUGGUGCUGAUCCUGGAGCUGGUCUCGGGAGGGGAGCUCUUCGACUUCCUGGCCGAGAAAGAGUCGCUGACGGAGGAAGAAGCCACGCAGUUCCUCAAGCAGAUCUUGGACGGGGUUUAUUACCUGCAUUCCAAACGCAUCGCCCACUUUGACCUCAAGCCUGAAAACAUCAUGCUGCUGGACAAAAAUGUCCCCAACCCUCGGAUCAAGCUGAUUGACUUUGGGAUUGCUCACAAGAUUGAAGCAGGGAACGAGUUCAAAAACAUUUUCGGCACCCCAGAAUUUGUGGCUCCAGAAAUUGUGAACUACGAACCGCUGGGUUUGGAGGCUGACAUGUGGAGCAUCGGGGUCAUCACGUACAUCCUUUUGAGUGGGGCCUCCCCCUUCCUGGGCGAAACGAAGCAGGAGACUUUGACCAACAUCUCUGCUGUCAACUACGACUUCGACGAAGAGUACUUCAGCAACACCAGCGAGCUCGCCAAGGACUUCAUUCGGCGCCUGCUGGUCAAAGAUCCCAAGAAACGAAUGACGAUUGAGCAAAGUCUGGAGCACCCGUGGAUUAAGGUGAUCAAGAGGCGGAACGUCCGCAACGAAGAAAACAGCAAGAAGCCGGAGCGGCGGCGCCUCAAGACUACGCGGCUCAAGGAGUACACCAUCAAGUCCCACUCGAGCAUGCCGCCCAACAACACCUACGUCAACUUCGAGCGCUUCUCCAAGGUCAUGGAGGAGGUGGCGGCCGCCGAGGAGAGCCUGCGUGAGCUGCAGCGGAGCAAGAAGUCCUUCCGGGAGGACAUCGAGGCCCUGCGCUCCAUCUACGAGGAGAAGGAGUUGUGGUAUAAAGAGGAGAACGAGGCCAUCGGGCAGGACCUUCGGCAGAUCCGGCAGGACAUGCAGAAGACGGAGGCCCUCAAGCGGCAAGCCCAGGAGGAGGCCAAGAGCGCCUCCUUGGCAGCCAAUGGCUUGAAGAGGCGUUACCGGAAGCUCGAGAAUCGCUACGAGGCCUUGGCCAAGCAAGUGGCUUCGGAGAUGAAAUUCGUGCAAGAUCUGGUGCGUGCUGUCGAGCUGGAGAAGCUGCAGGGUGGAGAAGACGACUGCGGGAUCCGCUAACGCAGUUCCUGGCACAGGGUUGGCGCUGCGCGGAUGUGUGGAUCUUGCCCAGCUUUGUUCUUUGGGGUCGUGCUCCCCCUUCCCCGGUUGAGUUUACCGACCCCAGGGCUGCGAAGGGCAGCUAACCCAAUCCUCUUUAUUUAAUCACCAGUGUGGCUGCUUCCAAGACUACACAGCCCAUCACGCAGUGCUCCCGUCGGGGUACAGUGCAGCUUGGGACUUGUAGUCUUUGGCAAACUGUGCGCUUAUUAUUAUUAUUAUUAUUUUUUAAGUAUCUCCUGCAGAUUUCCACCUGGUUUCAGCUUGGGAAGGGCACCUUUUUUUCUUUUCCUGGCUGAUGCAGCCCCCUUCUGAGUCCUUUCUUGCCGAAGCAAUCCCGAAUGCCGGUUGCAACUCUGAAGUUCUUUUGCCAGCUUUGCUUGUGGAUCUUCAAAGAAGCGACCAUGUCGGAAAUGACUGAGAACAUGAGAUCUGUUUGGCGGCUGAGGAUCCAAGGGGUGUGUGUCUGGAGGCAUCUUCCUGGCAUAGCCUUUCUCCUCACCUUUGAGCUGCUGCCCAUGUUGGCCUACCCAUGUCCUCAUGCAGAGAAUGUGCCACGGAGGGCUGGCCUCACUUGUCGGAGACCCCGAGACCUUCGGCGCAGCAUGCCUCAUGCUGUUGUCUGGGUUCCAGAGGUUCAUUCCACAUUCCUAAGGGUCUGCCUAGGACUGUGGGCUGUAUCAAGUAAGCCCUGGGGUGAUAACAGGAGACGUGGCCCAGCCUAGCUAAGGAUACCCCCCCCUAUUUUUCUCUUAAUGUCAACCACGUUUUAUCGUUCAGUUGAAAAAGUCCCACGUAGAAUUAUUUUGGAUCAUGCCCUCGUGGUACAGUUCCUUUCUUAAGUGCCAUGGGUGAGCGCUCCCACAAUCCCUGGUUGGGGGAAUCCAGCAAGUGCAUACCACUGCAGAGGUAGUAGAGUGAAAUCAGCCCCUUUGUGUGUCAGUUGUUUUAUUUUAGCUUUAGGGCUAGAUCGAAGGGGCUUGGGGAGUGGGUUUGGCUUGUUCUUGCCUUGUAACGCCUGGGUUUGUGCUUUCCCCAGAACUUGUGGGGUAGCGCAGGUAUGCAUUCAGGUGGGUGGGUAGGUGAGGGAACUCCACUGGGCUCUGGUCUGAAAUCCUUCGUGACUUGACAGGUGAACCCCCAGGAUGAAAGAGGGAAUGAAUCCCAGGUGGGACGAGGCCUGCAGGGUCCCACCUCCCUCUGCUGACAGCUUUAGGGUUUCCGAUGUGCCGUCUGGAGGGUGUUUUCACGUUCCUCCUGUUUCUGCUUCAGGGUGAAAAGAGAGGCUCUGAAUCCAGAAGGAGGGGGUGGAAAGCAGGGAUGGAUGUGGUCUAAACUGGUGUUACUGGUGGGGGAAACUAGCUCCAGUGGUGGCUGCGUUUUUGCAGGGUCCUUUUUGAGACCCCUGUGUCGACGGGAUUGUCCUACAAUCCAAGGUUGUGUGUGUGUGCACUCUCUCUCUUUCCGUCUCUGUCUGUCUCUCUCUCUGUGCAACGGGACGCCCUGUUCUGAAUCACUCUGCCAUGCAGCUUUGAGAAACCAUCUCUUUUCCCCCCGGUCAUGCAGGACUUUGGCUGGUCCUAGCAGCCUGCAGCCCCACAUCCUAACCCGAGAGACGUCUGCCCCUGGCAUUUUAGAGUUCCUCAAGUGCCAUAAGGCCCCAGUUGUGUUUGCAGUGACAGAGUCAAGCCCCCCCCCCC